UUUCAGAUGAGUUUUCGCGGUAACUGCGCGGAAGAAGAAGGGAGAUGGGAAGAUUGUGUGGAUGAGAUUUGAGCCGCCUCAGAUCGACGGUUGCUGUUCGGUUUUGACUUCGUCAACGGUCUUCCUCCCGACGUCCUUUACAGUUCUACUUCUAUCUCUCUCUGCCCAUUGCUGUUUUUCUAAUAUUUUUUUUUGAAGGCUGUAAAGUUUUUAUUUUUAUGUAUUUCUUCAAUGUUUAUUUAAAUAUAUAAAUUAGGUGGGUUUUAAGAGCAUGUGCAACGUGGGUGUUCACUAAUUUGUCAAUUUCAUAUAUCUGAGUAGAUUUUUUAUACCAAAAAUCAAAUAAAUACGUUGUUAUAUAUUCGUUUAGAAACUAACAUAUAUUUUAAGCUUACUUCUUUUCGAGAUUAUCAAAAACUGUUUUUUUUUUUACAAAAUCGAACAUUAAUAUCACGUGUGGUUUACGAAAACCAAUCAUUUUACUAACAUAUCUUCAUUACGUGUUUUAAUUCACUACUAGUUUCUUUUCUUUCUUUUUUUUGUUCAAAAAUUCACUACCAGUUUCUUUGAAGCUUUUUCUAAGAACUUUUUUUUAUUUCACUUUCUCCAGUAUGUUAGGCAGCAUGAUAAUGGAGAAAUCAUAUACCGCAGACAGAUUAUACUUACAUUUUUUGUAACUAAACUUUUAUUUUUUCUUGGUCAUAAGCCAAUAACUAACUUAUAACCAAAAGUCAAAAGGAAAAAAAUGUAACAAAUAAUUGAUGAAAACCUCAAGUUUAUUCAAACCGCCAAAGGAGCAUAUAAUAUAUAUAUAUAGGGAGGGUAUUUUAUUCGUUAAUUUUGACUCGAUUCGAUAUUCAUUUAUGGAUAUCCGUAAUUUUUUUAAGCAAACAAAUAUUUAAAACCAUUUUUAUAUAUUAUUGGAGAAGUAGUUGUUAAAAAAAAGUUACUUUCUUAUGUGUCACAUUCACGUUAAUUCUUACAAUGAUUAUUUAAAAAUAUAUUCUUAAUAAAUUAAAAUAUUACAUAUAAUUAUUAUCAUUUUAAUUUUAUUUUAUAAUUUUUAUCAACUAAAAAAAAAGCUGGCUACAAAAACUUAUUAGACACCAUUGCCCUAUGCCUAUAUUGCAUUUGCGGGUAAAAGAGUAAUUGAACAAAUAAAUUUUAAUUUUCUCUUUCUAUUUUCCCAAAUAAAAUAUAUAAUAAAAACGAAAUAUUAAAAUAAAAACGAAAUAUUUAUUUACAAAAGGAAAAUAUAUUUUAUAAACAUAUGAGCAUGAAAAUAUCUCUAUAAUAUUAUUUGAGAAGUUAGUUUCUUAUGUGUCGCUUUCACAUCGACUCUCACGAUGGUUGAUUACACUAAUACCCUUAAUGUAUUACAAAUAUUAAAUACUAUUAUUUAUUUUUUAGUUUAGUUUCCUUUUAAAUUUUUUCCAAAAACAUAUACAUAUAAUACAAAAGGAACAUUUUUAUAAAGUUCAAAACAAAAUUGAAAACGAAAAUGUAUGUAUAUAUAAUAUGAUUUCAAAAAAAAAAAGCAAAGUU